UCCGGUUUCAUGCAAAUAAAUAACCAUUAACAUUUUACUGUCUGCGGACCCUCGUUGAAAAACCCGGGGACCUACUGUGCGUCAUCGCUAGAGCGCGUCUCCGCCCUCCUCCUGUGCUCAAUAACGGACGGGUACUUCCUAGUACUGCUGCUUUAUCUUACUAUCAUCAAUCGCGGUUUUAGUAUUCCAGGAGAGUGGCAUGAUUUGCACGGUGUAGUCAUGUACUGUACAUUAUAACCAGGCAGCGUUUAAUGUCGAAAGCGCCGCUGUGCACGCUCGUCAUAUGUUUGAAGGUUUACAACGUCUCACGACCAGCGAGCGUGUUUUUGCUUUAGUUUAAGAGCUAUUUCGCUUUCACAAUGGCAAGCGACGCGGUCAAGAGGUUCAUUUGCUUAUGCCGAUAUCUACAAGAGCCUUGCCACGUCGCCAAAUUUCAGCAACUUUGUGGCGUCCGAGGGACAUUUACUAAAAAACCGUCCGAGGGUGACGCGAGGCUUUCGGUCAACGGUGCGUGCACGGGGCAACGUCAGGAGGACUGCGCUGCCGGUGGGAAUACAACACAGGGACUUCCGGGACAAAGACUGAGAAAAAGUUUAAAUGAUAGGGAUAUUAAACAGGAUGAAUGUUCCGGGGAUCUCAACAGACCCACAAUAUCAACCUCAAACCGGACCGAGGGAGAUACUGCGGGUUCAGAGACGAAGGGCUCCAAAGAAAUAGUGAAGCCUUUACGUAGAAACUCAUUGACUGGUGAUGUCGGACAGGAGUUUAUCAUCGAGAACAAGUUUCUGUUCUAUUUGUUCACCAUUGGUACCGAGCUGGGCAACGAGAUGUUCUUCAUCGUCUUCUUUCCAUUUCUUAUGUGGAACGUGGAUCCGUAUGUCAGCCGGUGUAUCAUCGUGGUGUGGGCCUGGGUGUUGUUAAUCGGUCAGUCCACGAAAGAUCUGAUCCGGUGGACCCGUCCUGCAUCUCCUCCUGUGGUUAAAGUAGAGGUGUAUUACAACUCAGAGUACAGCAUGCCAUCCACACACGCCAUGACCGGAACCGCAAUGCCCUUCAGCCUGUUCAUGCUCACAUACAGCCGUUGGGAGUAUCCGUUCAUGUUUGGACUGAGUGUAGCUCUGUCCUGGUGCAUCCUUGUGUGCGUCAGCAGGAUUUAUAUGGGCAUGCAUUCUGUGCUGGAGGUGAUCACGGGUUUCCUCUACAGCGUGCUAAUCCUAGCAGUUCUCCAGCCCUUGUUGGAUGACAUUGACGAAUUCUACCUGUCUCACAGCUAUGCCCCUCUGGCUAUCUUGAUCUCGCAUGUUGGUUUCAGCCUGGUGGCCUUCUCCCUGGACACAUGGAGCACCUCCCGUGGCGACACCGCUCAGGCGUUGGCUACUGCCUCUGGGGCGGCUCUGGCGUCCCGUCUCAACUAUCAGCUGGGUGUGCUGCCGGAUCCUUCUACGGAAGCUCUGCCGCUCACCAUGCCCUUGAUAGACGGGGCUUUGUUGGGCCGCUCAAUUAUGCGUCUCCUGGUGGGAGUGGCCGUGCUUUUAGCUGUUAGGGCGGUCAUGAAGAUGGUGGCGAUUCCUGUGGCGUGCAGGAUCUUCGGUGUGCCGUCGGACGACGUGCGGAAGGCUAGACAAAACGCACAUGUGGAAAUCUCUUAUCGGUAUUUGGUCUAUGGCACAGUGGCCUACUGUUGUGCUUCUCUGGUGCCCAUUCUCUUCAUUUACCUUGGCUUAUCAUAAAUCUUCCUUGUUAUUCAGUAAUAUAAUGUACUUCUACGAUAUGCUUUACUCAUGCAUAGACCUGACUUUGGGUCCAAAGGUGUAGGCAAUAUGAUUUAUUUUAGAUUUUGUUUUGUUUAAUUUGACCACCUUAAUUUUUAAUACGUAUUUAUUUUACGUUCGCAUUCUUAGAAUGUAAUGUUUUUGGUUUUGUUUGGCCUCAGCAUCAGAUGUUCAUCACACAUCAUUUGCAUUCAUGCAUUUGGCAGAUGCUUUUCCAUUCGGUGCAUUCAAGACAUACAUUUUGUGUUCCCUGUAUGGGAAUUGAACCCAUGACUUUUGCACUGAUAAUGCAAUGCUCUACCAGAACUAGACGAACACUAUCAAGGCGUAUGUGAUGGCACCAUGCAUUGGUGUCGCAUUCCUGAACGGGAUGUUUGAAGUUCCUGAAGAUGUUUUCCUGUAUAUCCUACAUUUGUCCUUCACUGGUUUGACACCCACCCAUCCUGCACUCUUGUACCAUCAACAAUACAUUUCUCACAAUCAUAUAGACUGUGGCUGUUUUUCACCAGUACUGUGUGCACUUUUGCCUGGGAAAGCAAAAUAAUCCCUGUGAUGGACUGAUGCUCCAUUGUGGCCAAGCUAGUCAGACAUUAUGCUUAUGAUGCGAUGAAAUGCAUAAUAGUUUUUCCCAUAAUCCUCUGUUCUUCCUUGGGCUGUGAACGGUGGCAUGACCAUGAUGUUUAGAUUCAGGAAAGUCACAUUGAAUUUUAGGUGUAAAAAUUGUGUAUUUAUCUGGUGUUUUACAAUGAACGGUAAUGCGCUGAGAGAAUGAUGGGAGUGGAACUUCCUCUCUGUAUGAAUUCUGUACACACAAACUUCCUGUGGAUGUGUUGCUUGGAAAAUGCCACUAUGAAUUCAAACGUGGCAGUAAAGUUAAUUCAACAUUUACUUGAUGUGUUUGGAAAGAUGUUUAAUUCAGUCAUAGGUUUUUAAAUAUUAAUGUUGUGCUAACACAGAGAAAGAGAGAGUAGCUAAAAUGAAUGAAGUAGAAACACAAUUUUGUAAUUUUUCUUUUAGUGAUCCACACUUUUGUUCCAGUUCUGCUUAAUUAUUGAUGGGGUAAAGCAAGUUAAAAUUCAGUUUAUAGUUGCAGAUGUUCAGGGUGUCCCUCCUGUCAUAAAGACGGUCCGCAGUGUGGAAAUGAUGCAUUCAAAUCUCUAUUCUGGAACUUUACUGAUUUUCUUGUUUUUUCUGCUUAAACUUAACUUUUUAAUAAUGAUUAUGGGCGUGAUGAACAUUGCCAAAGUAAAUAAAUGUAUUUUAUGACUGCC